AUGGGGACCCGCAAUCGAGUCCUCUCGUUCAUGAACAAUUUAUCAAAUCGAGACUCACACAGCAGUCCAUCUGCACCGGCACCGCCUAGGCAUGAGACUUUCAAAAAUAGCCAGGUAAGACAGGAUCGCCAAAUGGAUAUAGCAUCAUCGCCAGCCGGCCCGGGCACACACCCUCACAAUACCGACGGGAAUUCCCCUCAGCCGAGAACCCAGCGAGAGCGCCCAACCUCGAGACCUAUGUCCAUGGUCCAGACAUAUCAGCCCCCUUUGAUGGACGUAUCACAAGACACUCCUCCUGAGCUACAACCCAUCUUUACAUUUUUGAAUAGCCAUGCCAAUAAGCUUUAUCAGGAGGGGUACUUCCUAAAGUUGGAUGACCAAAACACACAGGGGAGACCCAAUGCCGAUCGCACCUGGACAGAAUGUUUUGCCCAGCUGGUUGGCACGGUUCUUUCUUUGUGGGAUGCCUCCGAGUUAGAUGUAGCUGGCCAAGAAGGGGAGGUUCUGCCCAAAUUCAUCAAUCUAACAGAUGCAUCGAUAAAAAUGAUCGAGUCUCUACCCACACGAUCCGACAACGAGCCCCCAUUGCAAAAUGUCCUUAGCAUAUCCACCGCAGGCAGGAAUCGUUAUCUUUUGCACUUCAACUCGCACCACUCCCUGGUCCAGUGGACUGCCGGUAUUAGGCUCGCGAUGUUCGAGCAUGCCACUUUGCAGGAGGCUUAUACCGGGGCUCUGAUUGCCGGGAAAGGCAAGACCUUGAAUAGCAUCGGCGUAGUAUUGGAACGUGCCAAGUUCAAGCAUGAGGAUUGGGCACGAGUACGCUUCGGUGCCGGAACGCCAUGGAGAAGAUGUUGGUGUGUCAUUACACCGCCGGAUGAAAAGGAGGUUCAAAAGCUACACAAACUGGCCAACAAGAAGAAAUCCGUGUAUGAUCGGUCGCGGCUUCCGGUGUUGAAAGGAGACAUCAAGUUUUAUGACACCAAGAAAACUAAGAAAACCAUGCCAAUCGCUACAAUUACCGACGCAUAUUCGGCUUUUGCUAUCUACCCACAAUCGAAACCCCUCAUCGAUGCCUCAACUCUUGUCAAAGUGGAGGGAAACAUAACAAUCCACUCGAAUCCGCCCUCCACCACUGAAGGCUUUGUCUUCGUAAUGCCAGAAGUUCACCCUGCGGUCACUGGUUUUGAAAUAAUGCUUCGUUGGCUCUUUCCAGCCUUCGAUACUUUUGCCCUAUACGGACGUCCCGCUCGACUGAUUGCGGACACCUUGGAUCCCCGAAGUCUGAUGUUUGCAAUGCCGAAACAUCGUCGAUAUGGCUAUCUAGAAAUAUUAGACGUGACAGGUCUUAUUGUAGAACAAGGGAGUGGUAACUGGAAGGAAGCCGAAUGGAGACGGAAAUUGAAGGAGCUUACACAAAGACGUAUGACCACUAUCGAGAAUGGGAGUGGUAAGGGCAGCCGAUACAGCAGUCGUAGGAGUACUCGCGCUAGCUUCGGCCCAUCUCAGAGCCGUGUACAGUUUGAUGAUGGUGCGUCGGCCAAGUCUACGCCGUCAUCUACAUGGGCCCAAGGCCCUCCUGCAGAUGGUGUCACUGGUGGGAUACCGCGGACAGAUUCUGCGCCCCCUUCGAGUGGUUUUGCAGCUUCUGGCCAGUCAUCGUCGCCUCAUAACCGGUCGGUAUCUGAUACCCAUGGCAUGGAUCGUUACCAGACUGACGUCCCUGCUCCUCGUUAUGACAGUGCUUAUGAACAAGCUCCCACUCCUCCACCACACAGCAUUGGUGUAGCCGUGGGACGUGAGGGCUCAAACUUGCGGCAUAUGACUGAUAUUGUCGCGACACCUGACCGUGUGAGCUCCGAGGAUGAGCACGUUGGCCGAGGAACCCCAGUCCGGGAACUUCAAGAACUACAAGACACCAGUUCUCCAGCACCAGUUUCCGCUCCACCAGCAUUUUCACACCCCCCUGGGGCUCGACCAUUAGGCAACCCAUAUCACUCACCAGAGCUUCGGAGGGCCAACAGUCGCAUGUCUAACGCGACUCUGUCCCAAAUGGCCGGUGCGGGAGGAGUUGCUGCAGCAUAUCAUGCAAAUGCGGAGAGUCACAGGAUAAGUGAAGAUCAAAGACGCCAGAACAUGGGUCAACACCCGGAGGUCAGGAGCCAGAUGGGGGUACCAUCAAAUAUCAACGCAAUUGAACAUCCUGCUAACCAAUACGGUCUCCAUGAAGGCUUGGUAGCAACAUCAGAUUCGCGUUUUUCAUUUGAAGGCUCUUCUUCUCAGCGGCCACCAGUCCCCGAUGCUCGAUCGAAUCCCUCUCAACCUCCUCCCCAAUACUCGUUAAAUCCCCAAAGUAAUACUGGUAUGUAUGAAUCGCAAAGUGUUACCUCGUCAAACCCGAACAGCCAGAAUUUCCAGUCGAAGAAUAGUCAUAUCCCUCCGCAAUCAACAGAUUUAACCUCAAGCGGUCGCUCACAGCAGCCUCCGCAACAACCACCACAGCUCCGAACCGGUCCAAGCGUUACUCGAAAACCUCUCCCCAAAAAUCCCGCCUUCACGCAAACUCCAACAGCGGAGACGCCAUCCAGUGCUGACAGCUUAGCGCCUCAUAUUAUUGAUCAGGUAGCAUUUGAUAUGAUUGGACGCAGUAAUGGUCCGAAAGGUAGUUUGCAAUCAGAUUCACAAUACAAUCGACAACUCAGUGCUUCCGACAGUGUCUACGAAGAUAAUGCGUCCACCACCUCUCCAGACUAUGCUAGCACGAGACGAUCAAUUGAUACGCAGAAGUCAGUUGAAAGACCACGAGCUGGUGUCAAAAAAACUGUUGGUGUUGAGCAAUCAAAUAAUCCUACACAAGAUAUACGCUCCUCCAUUCAUAUUGACUUCGGCCCGACUCUGAAUUAUGCUUCGGAUCGGCUUCCAAUGCCGCGAAAGCAAAGCCCUGGUCCUGCCAUGAAUAACUACCCAGCCAGACCUGAUGACGCUAGCCGCUCCAAGUCUCCAAACCGCAAGGCCAUCACACCCGAGAAUUCCCACUACCGAACAGAUAGCAGGACUUUGGCAUGGCAGCCAGGUCUGGCUGUUGGUGGAAACCCCUCCCCCAGCCAACAAACUAUGACUGCCGAACAAUUUGUCCAACAACGUGCAGCCGCUGCGAUACCAUUAUAUGCCCAUCAAAGGCAGCCGUCUGGUAAUACCCUUGGCCGUGAGACGCCCACGCCUCCUCUCGACCGCAAUCGUUCAAGCGAUUAUAUCCAGCAGCUUCAUUCUCGCGGUAACUCGGUAGACCUUCUGCAGCGUCCCGGCUCGAGAGGCCCUUCAGCAGCCCUAGAUCAUUCUCGCAAUAACUCAUCUGAGCUUCUCCAGCGUCCCAGCUCCAGAGGCGCUUUGGCAGUACUAGGUCAUUCUCGCAACAGCUCUACGGACCUCCUGCAACGCCCUGGCUCCAGAGGCGCAUCCGCAACUCUAAGUCCCGCAGGAACUGGGGAUAUUACAUCGAAAUUAUCUGCACGGGAGCAGGAGCAUGUAGCCCGGCUGACUGGCCAGCCUCUGAUCAGCAUGGCUCAAAAUAGCAAUCGAUCAGGCGGUGGCCUGGUUGGCGCUAUCGAAGCACGAGAACAUGAGAAACAGCAAGUCAAGCAAGGCAUUAACAGCCAAGCGGUACAGCACGCAAUUACGCAGCGGCAACAACAAGCCAUGCACCAGCAGUAUCCCGAGCAGAUGCAAGGCGGACACCGCGGCUCUCAAUCACAAUACAACAUGGCCCAGUAUGCACAAUCUCAAUACCCACAAUCUCAAUACCCGCAAUCUCAAUACCCUCAAUCUCAAUACCCGCAAUCUCAAUAUCCCAUGCAAGCUCAAAAUCAGCAAGCGUGGGUUUCCCCCGCAGCAAAUGUUUUUGCUCAAGGUGGAGGUUGGUCCAAUCCGUCGCCCGGAUAUGCGAACCCCGAGCAGGGAAGGCAGUCGCCCACUCAAUAUCCGCCGCGACAGCAAUACUUCCCGCAACAGCAGCAGGGUGGUCAAGGUCGCGGUAAUCAAGGAGGUUACGGUCACGCUCUUUAA